AUGUCAUAAAAAGAAAUAAUAAAUAGAGAAUUAGAAUAUAAUAUGAAAGAAUUAGAUUAAGUAUUAGAUGUAUAUAAUUUAUUAUAAUUUAUUUUUAGUAAUCAUUUGAUAAAAUAAAUAAUUUGAUUGAUUAAUUAUUUAUAAUAGAUUCUCCAAUUUAUAAGUUUAACAAUACUAAAUUGGAAUUAUCUUUACCAAAACUUAAUUAAUUCCAUUUAAUUGAUUAAUCUCAAUUUUAAUCAAAUAUUCUUUAAGAACUUAAACCAUUAAUUAAUUCAAAAAUCAAACAAUCAUAUUAAUUAAAUUAAACAUCAUUAAUAUAAUCAUAAUAAUAAUAAAUUAAAUCUUAAUUCAAUAUUAAACCAUUUAAUUAUUAAUUAAUUUCAAAUAAUUCAAUUAAAUAAUAAUAAUAUUGUUAUUGUAUUGCAAUUAAUAAAGAUAAUUCAAUUAUAGCUAUUGGUUGUAAUAAUAAAUAAAUAAAAAUAUAUGAAUUUAAAUAAGAAAUUAUGUAAUAAAUUCAAGUCUUAAAUGUAAAUAGUAAUUAUGUUUGCACUUUAAAUUUCAUGUAAUAAUCAAAUUAAUUGAUAUCUGGACAUUCUGAUGGAUCUAUUAUAAUUUGGUCAAGAAAUAACAAUUAUUAAUGGAAUUCCUCAUAAACAAUUAAUGGACAUAAUAAUGAAAUUAGAUGUUUAAUUUUGAAUAAGAAUGAAGAUCUUUUUAUAUCUAGUAGU